AUGGCAGAGAAAGAGAGGAAUAAUGAUGAAAGCAGAUGGGAGGUGGUAGGGAUGCUGCGUCCUGUGCGUCUCCAGCUUGCAGUUUCCUGGAGGUACGUGACCUGGCAGGCAAAAGCUGACAAUGAAGUGCUCCAGCGGAGGCUGUGGGCCUGGGAGAAGGCACUGGAGCAGGCACGGAAAGAAAAGCGAGACAUUCGUGAAGAAAUGACCCGGCAAUACCAGGAGCUGCAGAAGCAGACAGCAGCCCACAGCCAGUGCUUGGAGGCGAAGGUGAUCAUGAAAUGCCUGCAGGAGCAGCUCACCACCAGGCUCCAGGAGAGCCAGAAGGCCCAGGAGACUGCCAGCCAGGCACUAGCAGAGAGGGACAGGACCAUCGCCCAGCUGCAGGGCAAGCUCUAUGCCAUGGAGAGGGAGUAUGAGAAGAUCCUCCAUGGUAGCCUGGACCUUGUGCUGGCCAAGACAGAAGAGGCCAGCCAGGACUGGGAAGAGGUAGGAACAACCAUCGCUGUAGAGCACAAGGAAUGCUUACAGGAGUUCAGUCUCAGCCCCCUGGAGAUGUAG